AUGAACACCAUCUCGCACGUUCCACCGGGCUUUCGGUUCCACCCCACCGAUGAAGAACUGGUAGAUUACUACCUGAGGAAGAAAGUGGCUGCAAGAAAAAUCGACUUAGACGUAAUAAAAGAUGUGGAUUUGUAUAAAAUCGAACCUUGGGAUCUUCAGGAGAUCUGUAGGAUAGGAGCAGAAGAGCAGAACGAGUGGUACUUCUUUAGCCACAAGGACAAGAAGUAUCCAACCGGAACUCGAACUAACCGAGCAACCACAGCUGGAUUCUGGAAAGCCACUGGAAGAGACAAGCCGAUUUACUCCAAGCAUAGAUUGGUCGGAAUGAGGAAGACUUUGGUCUAUUACAAGGGUCGAGCACCAAAUGGCCAAAAGUCAGAUUGGAUCAUGCAUGAAUACCGUCUUGAAACAAGUGAAAAUGGACCUCCACAGGCAAAGGGUUGGGUUGUGUGCAGGGUGUUCAAGAAACGAGUGCCAACCGCAAGAAAGGCAAGUGAUGAGUUGCCAUGGUACGAUGAGCAAGGUUCCUUCAUGCAAGACAUCGACUCCCCAAAGAGGACCAUGCCGCAGCCUGCCAUGGAGUAUCAUCAUCACCACCAACUCUAUUCCUACAAGAGAGAGAUAAAACUGCAUUACCGCUCGCCGCACGAAGCUCUUGAUCACGAGCUCCCACCAGUAGAGCCCCCCAUGAUUUUUAGCUACCUGAACCACGGAGACUCCCUACAGCGACUCAUCUUCUCGGAGAAUGAAGCAGUGCAACCUCGACACCAACUUCAGGCAACCACGACGGACAACAACGAUGAAAACGUAAGCCAAGCAUCAGACCAAGUGACGGAUUGGAGGAUUCUCGACAAGUUCGUUGCAGCUCAGCUCAGCCAUGAUGGCUCAAAGAAACCUAUCUACUCGGAUGAAGACGACCUUCUUCAAGUUGCCGAUGAACAAGAAGUUGCCAUGGAGUUCCCGUCGACAUCCACAUCGAGCUGCCAAAUGUAUCCGUGGAAAUGA